AUGAAGAUUAUUAUGCCUUUAACCGAAGCACUCCACCAACUUCCUGUCUAUUCCAAGCGCAUAAAGUAUUACCUUGGAGAAGUUAUACAUCUUGAAGAGGAAGACACUAAGAAACAGGAAGGUUGUAUUCGCCCUUUGAAGAGGAAGCACCCUCCAAAAAUGAAGGAUCCAGGAAGUCUUACUAUUCCAUGCGCCAUUGGAGAUGUUAAUGUAGGGAGAGCUUUACUUGAUUCUGGGUCAGGUAUUAAUUUGAUGCCCUUAUCUAUGCUGAAAAAGAUUCGUGGGCUAACAUUGAAGCCAACCAAUAUUUUUGUGGUUGUGGCAGAUGGAUCCUCAAAGAGAUCUUAUGGUGUGGUGGAGGACGUGGUGAUUCGCGUUGAAAACCUUCAAUUCUUGGUCGAUUUUUUAGUGAUGGAGAUAAAGGUCAAUGAGAUGGUUCCGUUGAUUCUUGGAAGGCCACUCAUGAAAACGGCCAAAGUGGUCAUAAGUGUCCAUGACGAGAUGGUUAUGUUAAAAGACCAAGAACAUAAGUUGAUCUAUACUGCCUCUGAAGAGAAGCUGACGUGA